AUGAAAAAAGGUGGUGAACAUUCUGAAAUCAAAGGUCAGAAGCUCGUUGAUAUACGAGAAGACUUCUUUCAUCUUUUCUUUCCUACUUUUCACAAUGAAUAUCAAAGAGGAAUAGAAUAUUUGGCUGUCGAAGCAGAACGGCGAGUAGAGCACUGGAAAAACUUAUUAGAUGAACAAUUAAAGCUUGAGGAGGCAAAAUAUAACUCACAAAUCGAAUCAAUUGAAGCAGAUUAUCAGAAUGCAAUGCAAAUAGUCAAUAAUCAAAUUUUAGAUGCAAUAAAAUACAAAGUUCAGGCUUUAGGUGCGGAAUUUCCUCAAUUUCAUAAACAUUUUUUAGAAUUUGAUUCAACAUUUAAAAAUGAAAUUACUGGGCAAAAUAAAGCAUCAAAAUCAACAAUUCUCAGACUAGAAAACACUGAUGAGCUCUUACUUGAUAAAGAGCAAAUAGAAAAAGAUUUAAUUGAAUUAAAUCUUGAAAAUCAAUUUUAUCAAGUAAAUGAAGGGAAACUGGUGUUAGGAAAUGAUAUAUUUGAAGUGGGCCAAAGUUGUAUAAUAAAAUUAGGAAAUUUUGGUGAUUUUUCUUGUUCAAUUCAAGAAAUUUCAGAAGAUGGCAUUUCAAUAAUAAUGAAUGACUCACAACCACUUAAAAUACCAAUAAGAAAUUUGAAUAUGAAACUUGUACAAAUUAAAAAACCAUAA